AUGAAUUACGGAACAACAUUACCUCAAACUACGGCAGAAAGUUCUUCAAGUUCAAGACCAGUUGAGAGAGAUAUUUCACCGUCAAGUAUCAAUUUCAUGGAAGAAAUUUGUAAAUUUCGAGUUUGGCUAGGGGAUGCAUUUGAAUCUCGUCGAGCUCAUUGGAUCAUUAUCGGAUUGGUAGCGGCGGAUUUCAUUGCUGUUAUGUCAGUAAUAAUAGUCUCAUUUUUAUGGCCGGAAUUCGAAGAAAAAGAACAUGAAAUAUUCGAAACUCUUGAAUUAAUUGCAUUUACAAUAAAUACGAUUUUUGUUUUUGAAGUGGUGAUAAAAUUGUUCAUCUUUGGAGUUUACUACUUUAUAAAGUCUCCUCAUUGGCAAUUGCAUCUUUUUGAUGCGGUUAUCAUUUACACAACUUUCUUCUUGGAAAUCUUCCUUUCUGGAAAGCAAAGAGAAGUUGUGGGACUUUUAAUCUUGUUUCGUCUAUGGAGGCUCAUUAAAGCUCUUAGUAUCGUUGCCGUUGGGUUAAUUGAAUACGAUGAAGAUAAAGUUGAUCAAUUGAAACUUCAAAACAAAUUAUUAAGAGAUGAGUUGGAAAAUUUAUUAGCAGAAAUUGAUUCGAUCGCAAGAGAAGAUCAUUGGAAUGAACAAAAAAGGUCUCGCAUAUUUAGUUCCCAUCAAAAAGAUUUAUUGAACGAAGAUGAUGAGGAUAAAGUUAGCAUUAACGUUAGGCAGUGA